UGCCCGCGCCCCCGCAGCCAACUUUCCCUGCCUGUUGCGCGCACCGAGCAUCGCGCCCCGCGGCCGCGGCGAUGGGCGUCGCGGGGCAGCGCCGAGGGUAGGCGGCCCGCGGGGUCGGGCCGGGACCGCCGCCGCAGCUCUGCGCGCCCGCCGCGCCUUCCUCCGCCGCCGCUGCUGCGCUCGCUGGCCAUGGAGGUGCAGCUGGGGGUCGGCCGCGUCUACCCGCGGCCGGGUGGCAGGACCUUCCGCGGGGCUUUUCAGAGCUUCUUUCAGAGCGUCUGCGAGGCUUUCCAGCCGCCGCGGGAGGAACCGGGCGCGGGGCAGCUGCCGUCGAGCGCGCCCUGCCCGCCGAGCCCCCGGCCGCCGCCGGGCUCCCCCGCCUGCCUGCCGCCCCCCGAGCCCCGCGCCGCCGGGAAGGCGCUGCCGGCCGCCGGCCCCGCCAUCGGCUCGUCCUUCCCCUGCGCCGGCGAACUGAGGGAGCUGCUGGGCGAAGCGGGAUCGAUGCCGCUGUUGCCGCCGCCCGAGGCCGAGCCGGCGGACAAGGACGACCCGCUAGGCGACAGCGCCCGGCAGCUGUGCCGCGCCGUGUCCGCCUCCAUGGGGCUGGCGCUGGAGGCGCUGGAGGCUCCGGCCGAGCCGCUGCCCCGCGAGGACUGCAUGUUCGCCGUGCCCGCCGGGCCGCCCCGCGCCCCGCACCCGCCCGCCCGCGACCCCCCGCCCGCCUUCCCGGCCGCCCUGGCCGCCGAGCCGCCCGCCGGGCCGGGGCUGCCCCGCGGCUUCGGCCGCGUCAAGCUGGAGAGCGCGGCGGGGCCGGGGCCCGCGGCGGGCGGCGGCUGGGGCGGUCCGUGCCGCUUCGGGACCGAGCUGGUCCCGCCGGGCCCCGCGCCCCCCUGGCCCACCUUCUUCGCCGAGGAGGGGCAGCUGUACGGGCCGUGCCCCGAGCCGCCCGCCGACUGCCCCGCCGACGCCUGGUACCCGCCAGGCCGGGCGCCCUUCGCCGCCCCCGCCGCCGGCAUCAAGAGCGAGCUGGAGCCCUGGGUCGAGGGCUACGCCGGCGCCUACGGCGACCUCCGGUUGGAGACUGGCCGUGACCAUGUCCUGCCCAUUGACUAUUACUUCCCACCUCAGAAGACCUGCCUGAUCUGUGGAGAUGAAGCGUCCGGGUGCCAUUACGGAGCCCUCACGUGUGGGAGCUGCAAAGUCUUCUUCAAACGGGCGGCUGAAGGCAAACAGAAGUACCUGUGUGCCAGCCGGAACGACUGCACCAUCGACAAGUUCCGACGGAAAAACUGCCCCUCCUGCCGCCUGCGGAAGUGCUACGAGGCCGGGAUGACGCUCGGAGCCCGCAAGCUGAAGAAACUGGGUAACCUGAAGACACAGGAUGAGGUGGAGGCAGGCAGCUCAUCCAGCCCCACGGAGGAGCAAGCUCCCAAGCUGGUGAUGACACGCAUCGAUGGCUACGAGUGCCAGCCCAUCUUCCUCAACGUCCUGGAGGCCAUCGAGCCCGGCGUGGUGUGUGCUGGCCACGACAACAGCCAGCCAGACUCCUUCUCCAACCUGCUGACCAGCCUGAAUGAGCUUGGGGAGCGGCAGCUGGUCUACGUGGUCAAAUGGGCGAAGGCCCUGCCAGGAUUUCGCAACCUGCAUGUGGACGACCAGAUGUCAAUAAUCCAGUACUCUUGGAUGGGCCUCAUGGUGUUUGCUAUGGGGUGGAGAUCCUUCACCAACGUCAAUUCCAGAAUGCUUUACUUUGCUCCAGACCUGGUCUUCAAUGAGUACCGCAUGCACAAAUCCAGGAUGUACAGCCAGUGUGUCAGGAUGAGGCACCUCUCCCAGGAGUUCGGGUGGCUUCAGAUCACGCCCCAGGAGUUCCUCUGUAUGAAGGCUCUCCUUUUCUUCAGUGUUAUUCCAGUGGAUGGCCUGAAGAACCAGAAGCUCUUCGAUGAGCUCCGCAUGAAUUACAUUAAGGAGCUUGACCGUAUCAUCGCCUGCAAGAGGAAGAACCCCACCUCCUGCUCCCGGCGGUUUUACCAGCUCACCAAGGUCCUGGACUCCGUGCACCCGAUUGCCAAGGACCUGCACCAGUUUACAUUUGACCUGUUAAUCAAGGCACACAUGGUGAGCGUGGACUACCCGGAAAUGAUGGCUGAGAUCAUCUCUGUGCAGGUUCCCAAGAUCCUGUCUGGAAAAGUCAAGCCUAUCUACUUCCAUGCACAGUGAUCUUCCAUAGGGACCCCCGAGCUGCCUCCCCCAUUCCAGCCAUCUCCUGCCUGUUAUUUCUGCACUACUGUCCUGCAGUGCCUUGGGGAAUCCCUCCGCAGUGGUGGCUGAGGGGACAGGCAGUGACAGACCUGCUGGGAUUCCUGAGAUUUCUGUUUUCCUGAGGUACCUCUGAACUGAACCCCCGGCCUCUGCCCAGCUCUGGCUGCUUGUGGUGAUGGACAGGGACUGGCAUGGAGCAGCAGGACCCCGCCUGCUCUCGUCUCUGUGUUUGUCACCAUGACUCCAGUGGCCCAGGGCCACAGAAGAGUGGGAGAAGUGCCGGUAGUUGGUGGGUUUGGGGUGUUUUCUAUACGCAGAACAUGACAUGAAGCAGGUUGCAGCUCCGCGUUUGGCUGUGGGUGAUGUUACCGGCCUCCUUUGGGAUGUUUUGUUUGCAUUACGGUGCUGGGAAGCAGAUGAGUUCAAACAUUGCAGCAGAGAAACAGAGCAGAGCUGGAGGAUGAGGUGAAUUUGCGGCCGAGGAGUUCCCAGGCCCUGGGGCUGCCGUGGGAUGUGUCUGGCCAGCCCAGCCCCGGGACCUGCCUGCGCCGCCGGGACACAGGCGAUGGAGCGGAUGGGCUGCAGCCAAAGGCUGCCGAGGAAGAUGACCUUGGAAACCCCCCAAUGGCAGCUGGCUCCUGUUUUCCACCUAGGAUGUUUGUGCUACAGCCUGUCUGGGUCUCAGUCUGCCCCGCAGGCCCCCCGGUGCUCGGCAGUCAACAUUCCCAUCCUUGCCAGCUGCUGCUCCCUGACAAAGCCGAACCCACCUCCAGAAGUGCCUGAUGCCCUUGGAGCUCCCACCUGCCUGGCCACCCUGGGCCCCUGCAGCCCCUGCCCAGCCCCAUGCCUGCUCUGCGGCUGCCGCUCUCCACAGACCCUGGAUUCCUGCUGCGCUCCUUCCCUUCGUUUGUCCCAGCUCUUGUUUGCAAUGCUGUGGAGCCAAGAGGGGGCCAGGAUCUGCAGGGCCUGUGGAGCCACGGGACUCCUCCAUGAAUCCCAUCUGUGGAGAAGCGGCUGUGGGAACCGGCCGGUGCCACCACGGUGCUUUGGGGGACUGGAAAGGAAGAACCAACCCUCAUGUACUCACUGUCCCACGUACAUGGUGCCACACACACCAUCACACACACACUGUCACACCCUGUCACACACCGUCACACACACACUGUCACACACUGUCACACACUGUCACACACACUGUCACACACACACCAUCACACACACACCAUCACACACACACUGUCACACCCUGUCACACACACUGUCACACACUGUCACACACUGUCACACACACUGUCACACACACACCAUCACACACACACCGUCACACACACACUGUCACACACUGUCACACACUGUCACACACUGUCACACACACUGUCACACACACACCAUCACACACACACCAUCACACACUGUCACACACUGUCACACACCGUCACACACACACUGUCACACACUGUCACACACUGUCACACACACUGUCACACACACACUGUCACACACACACUGUCACACACACACUGUCACACACACACUGUCGCACACUGUCACACACACUGUCACACACUGUCACACACACACUGUCACACACACACUGUCACACACACACUGUCACACACACACUGUCGCACACUGUCACACACACUGUCACACACACUGUCACACACACAGUCACACACACUGUCACACACACAGUGUCACACACACAGUGUCACACACACACUGUCGCACACUGUCACACACACUGUCACACACUGUCACACACACUGUCACACACACACUGUCACACACACACUGUCACACACACACUGUCCCACAGUCACACACACUGUCCCACAUACACUGUCACACACAUUGUCCCACAUACACUGUCAGACAGACACACAUGCACACCCCCUACCCCCACCUCACAUGCACCCCUGUCCCCAGCACACACACAGUGGCCACACCAGCAUUCUCUGCAGUAUUCCAGCUCCCCCUUCCUGCACACCCCAAGCCCACCAAACCCCCUGCUCAGCCCUGGCCAGGGCUGUCACUGACCAAGGCACAUACAGGCUCGUGCCAGGGUCACACAUCCCACAUGACACAGUCUGGUGCUACCAACACAGACAUCUGCAAGGGCUCCUUGUGCCAGCACAGGCAAACAGCAAACCAUGAGCCCACCCAGGGCACUGAGCCCCCCAGAACCCUGUGCCCACGCAGAUCCCUGUGCUCACCAGGAGCCCUGAGCCCACUCAUAGCCCUGAUCCCCCUGUGUCCCUGUGCCCACCCAGAGCCCUCUGCCCAGGUCUCCAGGCAAUGUCCUUGUGGUGCAGCUGCUCCUUUGCAAACUCACAGUAAAACAAACAAUUUUCCUGAUACUUUCCAACCUUUUGAUGGGAUUUUCAUUAAGGGAAGGAAUAGGGGAAAAAACCCUAUUGAAGGGAAGGAUUUUUCUUCAAGCGUUUGCAAUGGAUUUCCUUCCCCUGCUAGAUACAGCUCUGAUCCCACUUGUCCUGCUGAAAUCCCUCAUGUAGGUGGCAACAGAAUCCAUGGAUGAAUGUCCUGGCUGGCAGCCAGCAAGAUGCUGCUCUUGGAGGCUUCCCCAGGCCAGAGGGCUGCCAGCCCAGUGCUUGUGUGAGCUACAGAUACGUGCAAAUGAAACGGUAAAAAAAUCCUGCUCGUGCAUCCCUGUCUUCUGGAACAUUCCCAGGCCCUCAGUGAGCAGAUGGGUGGUGAUGCCCGAUCCCUGUCAUCAGCUCAGGAUGGCUCUGAGCAGUUGGAGCAGCUUCUUGGGAGAGCUUUGUGCUUAGCACAGGCUCAUGUCAGUGAAGGUUCUGUUGGUUAAUGAGUGUGGAGGUGUCCUUCUGCUGGGAGACCGGGAGGGACCUGACAGGGAUUUGCCCAUCCUGCUUGGCUGGUGGAAGCACCAUGCGAAUGAAAAGUGGUGGUGGGGAAUGGGAGGAUGAUACUGCCCCUGUGUCACCUGCCCCCGGUGUGUCACCUUCCCUCGUGUCACCUGCCCCACAUGUGUCACCUGCCCUCAUGUGUCACCUGCCCCAUGUGUGUCACAUGCCCCACAUGUGUCACCUGCCCCGGGUGUGUCACCUGCCCCAGGUGUGUCACCAUGUGUGUGCAGCUGCUCUGGCCGGCGGGUGCUGAGCAGGGCAGCAGGUCAUGGGCAGCACCCCCAGCCCAGGGCAGGGGGGCAGGUGGGGGCACUGGAGUCAUGUUCUUUCUCUCUUCAGCACCACAAUUUCAACUUUUUCAUUCAGAAAUUGGGUUCUUGUAGUUACCAGGAGAUGUGGGAGCCAGGACCUGCAGCACCUGUGUGUGUAUUUGCUGGGGGAAUGAACACUGUUUCCACCUGGAUUUUCUUGGGCUGCUGCAGGAACUGGAGAAGAAAAGACCUAAGAAAUACCAAAGUGCAGCUCCUGCCAUGAAUCUUUGUGCUUUGUGUUUUCUUCUGCAUUUUCUUGUCCACUUUUGCUUUAAUAAAGCAAAGAGAAUUUCACUGUGUUCACAGUCCCACAGAAGCUAUCCCUGAGGCUCCUCUCAGGGUGGCCAAGCCCUGGAGCAGGGACCCCCUUGGUGUUGCAGCAGGGAGCCAACCACAUCCACGUUCCCCUGCAGACUCUCUGGCUCUGCUCUGGCUCAUCUCAGAGGUGUGGGGGCUUUUGGGCCGGCUCAGUCUGAGUCAGAGCUCAGACCAUCAGCUCCUGCCCAAGGCAGCAGAUGGAGGACAAGGGACACACACUUGGCAUCUCCCUGAGAGCAGUGUUGUACAUGGCUGGGCCCAAUUCCAUGACAGAGGGUGCAGAAUAAGGGAUGCUGCCUUUAGUGAAGGCAGGAGAGACUCUUCCUCAGUCCUGUGUCAUGCCAGAAGGUGGGAUCAGGCAGUGCAAUGGCAUGUGGCAUUCCCAAGGCAAACCUGUGCCCUCCUGAGCCUGUCAGGUUCCUGCCAGCACCCCCUGCCUCAGCAGGGAGCUCGCCUCAGCAGGAGCGAGAGCUGAGGCAGUGACUCUCCACUCAGAGAGGCCAUGGAUGAGUGGAGAACUGGCAGCAUCCAUGUGCUGUUGCCAUAAUGUUCAAGAGGCUCUUUGUGCUCAGCUCAGGGAACAGGGCCCUCAGUCACGGCCAUCAGGCUCAGCCAGGGAGGCAAAUCCCGCAGGACCACUCACUGCUCUGAGCCCUGCGGGGCCGGGGGGCCGUCACUGUGCUCUGUAGGGAUGCUGAGGGGUACCCCAGGGGUCACCAGCCCCCUGGGCAGUCCGAGAGCUGCUGCCCUCACAGUCCUCAUGGGGUCCCUCCCCUUGCUGAGCUCUCACCUUGGAUGUUUCAAUAAUAUAUGCUAAAGAUAUCUGUAUCUAUGUAAAAUAAAGGUGUGGCCCAUUUUCUGUCACUAAAGAUAUUUAUUUAGUGUGAUGCUCUGAGAGAGCACAUUGACGCACUGAAUGCUCUUCAAGAAAUGAGUCAGAAUGUACCAAUUUAGUAGAAACUUCUAAUUUAAUUAUUUUUCUGGCGGAGUGCUGCCCAGUUUGCAAAGGUCCUCCCUUUCAUGGCAUGCACAGAGCACAUACUGGAGUAGGCUGCUGUCGGUAUUGGCUCCUCCAGGUUUCCUGUGGCUGCUUGUGGUUAGGCAGGGACGGUGUUUGCUCUUGGGGAACGAUGGAAUGUCCUUUGUUUUUGUCCUCUUUGACUGCACAAAGUGUCCUCGCAUGUUCAGGCAGAAUCCUGGGAUUACAGAGAGGUGUUUGUGCUCUACCUGUCUCCAGACCUGGGGCAGGCAAGGUGCUCCAGCCCCUCCGGGUGGGUUGCAGCCUCCCCAUGCCCAGCGGUGCCUGCUCGCCCCCAGCUCAUUCCCUGGGGCAGCAGAGGGACCCUGUGCUUGUGACUCACAGAGAAAAUCUCUGCACCCACAUAAACCCUCAGCAAGUGGAUAAAAGCUGCUCUCUGUGCUGGAUGUUUGGUGUUCUGUGGCAAUUUUAUGCUGUUUCUCUUUGUUAACAUGUCUGUAAUAAUAAGAGUUCUCAAUUUGAUUUAUUUCAUUUUCUUUGUAUUAAGCCAAAAAGCUCCUUGCUGGUGCCUUUUUGCCUGGGGGCCCCUCCCAACCCGCAACUGUGUUCCUGGGAGGAACAAAGGGCAGUGUCUCCAACUGUUCCUUCCACCAGAGCUGAGGGAAAGUGGGAAGCCAAUGCCUCAGAAUUGGCAGAAUGAAAAGAACCAGAGGCCUUGGAAUGGCAGAGACUUUGGGGUACGUUGCCGGUUCUUUCCCGGGGCGUGGCUCCAAGAUGAGGGCUGAGCACGACACUGGGACACCUUGGCCCUGUCUCAGUGGGACUGGGGCUCUCGAGGCCCCGUGAUGUGGGCACAGCACACGCAGCCUGGGCCGGCCCCACUUGGAAUCACAGGGGCCAGAUUAUUGCACCUGAGGGCAAAUCCUCUAGAAAAGGACGAAAGGAUGUUCUUAGAUUGCUGCUACAGCUCUUUGAUUUUUUAAUUGGAACGGAAUGCAUUGGAUAAGGAAAAUAGACCCUACAGUGUUCUGGUGCCACGAGGGCCAGAGCACAGUGACAGACGCUGCCGGGGCCGGCGGGAUGCAGUGCAGGAUGCCCAGGGGACAACUGAGUCUCAAGUCCCUAUACAGGACUGAAGGUCAUUUACUUGUGUAACCAAAGAGAGGAGCCUGUCUGGCACUCAGGUAAAGACAAACCAAUGACACCGGGCUUGGGGUAAAUGAAAAUUCUCCUUUUUGGCUCUGUCAGCCAUGCCUGGGUCUCAUGCGAGCCCUCGGCUCUGCCACAGGGCGGCCCCUCACGCUUGGUGUUCAGCUCUUUUUGUAAUCUGAAAAUUUGCUGUUGUUCUGAGUCCAAUAAAUGCAGAAUCUGGUUUGCUGGAGCUCUGCCCUCUGCCUGCCUUUGGCUUUUGUGUUGUUUUUGUGCGUGAAAUCGCUGUGGGUGUGACAGCUGUCAGCGAGUGAAGGCGCCGGGAAUCAGUGGGUCAUUUGUCAGUGGAUAAGGCUGUACAUUGGGUCGUUGUAGGCUUUUUUCACAGUCAGAUUUCGCUAUUAAUCACAUGUCUGAACUGGUAAUUCAGUUACAGAAUUGACUAAUCCUUUCAUAUAUUCCUCUUUGGGUCUUUUAAAUUGAAUUUCAUUUGAUUAAUGUACUUCUCAAAACAAGAAGCUAAUAAAGGCCAGUGUCCUCCUC